CUAAAUUAUUCAUUAAAUAUUCAUCAAUAGAUAAUAUGUAUCCAUAAAAUAAAAAUACAAAACUAUUUCAUUUCAAUUAUUUUAAACAAAAUGAAUUUAAUAGAUAUGAAAUUUGAUAUAAAAUUAUUUUAUUCUUAUUAUACAAUAUUUUCAAUAUUAUUCAUUAUACAUUUACAUUUAUCAUUCAUUAAUUGUAAUAAAUUAAAUUCUAAUUGGAAUGAACAUGUUAAUCCAUAUAAUCAAGAAACUAAUAAAGAUAAUCAUUUUAUAAAAAGAAAUUAUUAUUAUAAUAAUCAACGUCAUCAACGAAAUAGAUUACCAUCUUAUAAUGGACACAUGAAUAAUGAACAAACACGUUCACCUAUUUAUCAAAAUUCUCAUUUAAAACAAUCUAAUACAUAUCGAUUUCAAAGACAUUGGGUACCAUAUUCAAGAAAUAUAGAAUAUGUUAAUCCUUCAAUAAGAAAAUAUUCACAAGAAUGGUGGAAGAAAAAUUUUCUAUCUAAUAAUUAUCCUAAUAGAAAUAUUGAUUAUAGGAGAAAAAAUCAUACAUUAUCAGAUCGUGAAGUAAAUGAUUAUGUAAGCAUUUAUUCAUCAGAUAGUUCGAAUGAAUAUGGUAAUACAAAGCCUGAAAAUUAUUUUGAAAGUAUUAUGACUUUAUCCCAUCCUAACGAUCGUGUUUGGAAUGAGAAAGAACAAUAUUGGGGUUAUGCACCAAAUUCAUUUAGUACACAACAAGGAGCUGAAAUAUCUACUUAUUUAUGGUCACAAAGUGCAAGACAAUUCGAUGAAUGCAUACCACCAUUUUGUAUUCCUGCUCAAUGUGAUUAUUAUUCAAAUGGUCGAUCAACUUGUACACAAAAUCCUCCAUGUUUAGGCUCUACACCAUGUUAUCAGAACGAUCCAUCAUGUACACAAGCAAACUAUGGUGUACAGUGUAAUGUAAUGAAUUCAACAGCUUGUAAGCAAAUGUUAAAUCUGCAAUGCAGUUUUGGCUGUGUUAAAAACGGUUCUAAACCUUCAGAUGUAUUAUGCGUAUGCAACCCCUGGGCACUACAAAACAACGAUUCAUCUUGUGUUUCGGUCGAUCUAGAUAUAUUCAAAUGCCCUUUAGGAUGUAAUGGAAGAGGUCGUUGUGAUCCUAAAGCUGGGAAGUGCUUUUGUUACCCUGGUUUUAAGGGACAAUCAUGUGAAUUGGAAGAUAAUUGUCCAUCAGGUUUAACAGGACCUAACUGUGAGUAUGAUGUUGACGAAUGUCUAAGUGGUAGGAGUGGAUGUGAACAAAGAUGUGUUAAUACUUAUGGCUCGUUUCUUUGCGAGUGCGAAAACGGUUAUGUCGUUGUACAAGACAACCCAAAAAGAUGUAAACCAUCAGAGUGUUUGACAAAAUGCCACUUAGGAAAUGGAAAAUGUGACACGACAGGCAAAUGUCACUGUUUACCAGGUUAUACAGGAGAGUGGUGCAAUUUAGACAUUGAUGAAUGUAAAUUAGGAACACAUAACUGUGAACAAGUAUGCAUUAAUACUCCUGGAUCCUACCUAUGUGAGUGUCACUCAGGGUACAAACUUAACUUAACUGAUAGAAAAUCUUGCCAUCAAGUCACGUGCAAUCCUAGAUGUACUAUUAAUCAAGGAUUUUGUUCUGAUGAUGGAAUAUGCACCUGCCGACCGGGGUUUACCGGACCAGAUUGCAGUGAAGAUAUAGAUGAGUGUAAGACAGGGGCUCAUAACUGCUCUCAAAGAUGUAUUAAUACAUACGGCUCUUUUAGCUGUGAAUGCUAUGAGGGGUAUGAAUCACAAAGCGGUGAUGGUUUGAAUUGUAAAUCUAAAUGUUCAGAGAGAUGCAUGUCUAAUAAGGGAAAGUGUGAUGCCACUGGAAAAUGUUUAUGUCGUCGUGGAUUUACAGGUCUUGACUGUUCUGAAGACAUAAAUGAAUGCGAGUUGAAACCUAAGCCUUGUGUUCAAGGCUGCGUUAAUACGUAUGGGUCAUAUUAUUGUACGUGUGAUAAAGGGUAUCACCAAGAUCACAAAGGUCACUGUCUUCCAAAUAAAUGUAGUCCUGAAUGUGUUCAUGGACAAGGUGAGUGUACAUCUAAUGGAAAAUGCCUGUGUAAUCCAGGUUUUCGAGGGUUAUCUUGUGAGACAGAUGUAGAUGAAUGCGCCGAAGGAAAACAUAAUUGUCAACAAGAAUGUAUCAAUACUCCUGGGUCUUUUAAGUGUUCUUGUCAUUCAGGCUACAAAAUAUCCACUGUAAAUUCAUCAAAAUGUGAACCUAUUUCUUGUCCUUCUCAGUGCAGUUUAAUAGAUGGUGAAUGUUACUGUGAAUGCAAGUUUGGACAUUUUGGAUUGAAUUGUAAGCAAACAGUAGAUUCAUGUGCAAUUAAACCAUGUGACCAAAUUUGUGAGGAUUUAGGUGAUGGGAAGUAUAUAUGUAAAUGUAAUGAAGGUUUUGAACCAAGUCCAAAUAAUCCUAGACGAUGUCAGCGUAUAUGUAAAGAUGGUAUAGACUGUAUAUAUGGAAGCUGUCGAACUGUGUUUUCAAAUGACACAGAUCAAACUUUAUGUACUUGCUUAGAAGGAUUUUACGGAACAAACUGUCAAAACGAUGUAAACGAAUGCUUGAAUGAAAAUGGUCAAAAACAUUUUUGUGAACAUCAUUGCAUCAAUACAUUAGGAUCAUAUCAAUGUUUUUGUGAUCCGGAUUAUGAAUUACAAUCUGAUGGUCGAACGUGUAAAAAACAGUUUAAACGUGAAAUGAAGUGUCCUGAAUACUGCCUAAAUGGUGCAACUUGUAAAUCAACUGGUGAAUGUGUAUGUCAACCUGGUUAUGAAGGAAUAUAUUGUGAAAAAAUAAAAGAUAUUUGCUCAGUACUUAAGCUAUGUGAUCAAAAAUGUUUUCCCAAAGAUGAUGGUACAUAUCAUUGCGGUUGUGAUCCUGAAUAUGAACUUCAAGCCGAUGGUCAUAGUUGUGAAUUAAAAUCUUCUUGUAAUUUCAAAUGUCAAAACAAUGGAAAAUGUUUUGAUGGAAAAUGUGUAUGUACAUCAAAUUUUGAAGGAGAAUAUUGUGAAAAAGAUAAAAAUGAAUGUGAUCAAUCUAUUUUUGUACAUGGUUGUAGUUAUGGAUGCAUUAAUACUUAUGGAUCAUAUGAAUGUAUAUGCCCAGAUGGAUAUCGAAGACUUGCCGAUAAACGUACAUGCGUUAAAGAAGACAAUGUAUCUUGUAACCCGCCUUGUAAAAAUGGUGGUAUUUGUCGACCUGGUAAUCUAUGUGAAUGUACACGUGGAUAUGAAGGUAUUCAAUGUGAAUUAGACAUAAAUGAAUGUGUACGCCUUAAACCAUGUGAUCCAGAUUAUGGAAUUUGUGAAAAUACACCUGGUGGUUACACAUGUCAAUGUGUACCUGGUUAUAAAUUAAUGUAUGAUGGACAACAUUGUAUUGAUAAUGAACAUGCAAAAUCAAAUCCAAAUUUAGUAUUUCGUGGACGAGGUACAAAAGGUGUAUCAAUUGCUACACGUUUAACUAAUACAACUCAUAUAAAUCAAACAAAAUAUUAUCCUCGUCAACUAAAGAAACGUAGUCUUCAACCUAUCAUCAAAUAUACAUUAAAAUCAACUUAUCCUCCAGAUCUUCAUAAAAAUACUCAUUUUCAUUAUAAAAAUCAACAAUCCGUAUUAUCAUCUAGGCAUCAUUAUAAAAAAUUAUCAUUUAAAGGUGAUCCAGAUAUUAUUACUACUAGAAAUGGUAAAUAAGUAGUAUAUUGUUAAUAUACUACUUAUUAAAAUUAUUGUUAAGCUAUAAAGUUCUAUUUAUAUAUGUAUUCAUUCUAAUCCAUUUCAUACUUUCAAAGUUUAUAACAAAGAGAUAAAUUGGACGUUUGUAUUUUCUAUUGAAUGGCCUAUGGAAAUUGCAUUAUUAUUAUUAUUAUUAUUAUUAUUAUUAUUA